AUCUCGUGUAUUAACACUACUUGUUCUUCAAGCUAACAAAGCAAGUCGAGGCAAAGCUGUUGUAUCGUAUCCGUUUGCUCUUUUUAAACUUUAUUUGGUUGGAAAUGACGAUAAUCUCUUGUGAAAGACGAGAGACAAAGCACCUGUCAAUUGUGUCAAACUAGUCGACUGUAGAUUGCUUUAAAGAAUUUUACAUGUCGUCAGUUGUUGUCAAGUGAGAGUUAAAAGGGGAGAAAAGUGCCGUCUGAAAGAAGAAAGUGCGUCGGUUUGUGCAAUUGUCCCUUGUUUGCCUUUUUCCAAUUUUAUGGGUGUGAUAUUGUUGACAAUUAAUUAAAAUAAUAAGUGAUGGUGAUUAUUGAUUUGUGAAACUCAUUAAAAGAAUGGCAAGCACUAUCAAAGGAUUGGUUAGUCGCAAGAAGAAGCGCUAUAAGGAAGAUGGAUUUAAUCUAGACUUGACUUAUAUAUUUGACAAUGUCAUUGCCAUGGGAUAUCCAGCUGCCAAGCUAGAAGGAGUCUAUCGAAAUCACAUUGAUGAUGUGUAUAAGUUUUUGGAAACAAAACAUAAAGAUCACUACAAGAUAUACAACUUGUGUUCAGAGCGUUCCUAUGACUACAGUAGAUUCAACAAUCGAGUUUCUUCCUUCCCAUUUGAUGAUCACAACCCUCCUAAACUGGGGUUGAUAGAGCCAUUCUGUAAGGACAUGGAUGAGUGGCUUAAUCAGGAUCAAUCAAAUGUUGCUGCUAUUCACUGCAAAGCUGGAAAAGGAAGAACCGGUUUAAUGAUAUGCUGUUAUAUACUACAUCGAGGAUGGGCCGAAAAUGCAGAUGACGCCCUUAAACACUAUGGGCAGACGAGAACUCACGAUACUAAAGGUGUCACCAUACCUAGCCAGAGACGCUAUGUUGAGUAUUACGAUCAAUUACUCAAAGAGGGCGGGUCGGGUUAUUCACUGUGCCCUCUCGAGUUGCGUGAAAUUCGCCUGCAGCCCAUUCCCAAUAUGAGUGGUGGUUGUGUUCCCGUUUUGACCAUAUUUGAAGCGGAAAGCCAACAAGAAUUGAACCCACCAAUUGAGCUGACCAAAGUCGGACGCGUGCUACGCAUUACCUUGAAAACACCGCUGAGCCUCAAGGGCGACGUGCGGGUGAUCCUCAAAAACAAACCCAACGUGAUAAUGCUGAAAGAGAAGAUGUUUCAUUUUUGGUUCAACACCUAUUUCGUCAAAGACCAAACUCACCCACCAUCACCGUCCCCAUCGUCUCGUCGAACUCUCAAUGAGAAAAAUGACCUUACAUCCAACGGAUUGGAUAGUACCGCUUCUAUGACUAAAGCUGAAGGAUUAGCUUUGAAAAAUCGAUUUAUAGGCUCAUUAAUUGAACGACCGGAACAUUCUGGGAGUUAUCCGACCAACCAUCUCAGCCCGAACCUUGUCUUGUUGUCUAGUUCAUCCAGGGCGUCAUCUUUGAAUUCAGUGUAUUCGGAAAACUCCUCUGCGCCUACCUCGGAGCUUAACCAAUGGCUCAGCGUAACGUUAAUGAAACGUGAGCUCGAUAAAGCUUGCAAAGAUAGUAACCAUAAAAUUUUCCCUUCGGAUUUUAAGACGACAUUGUACUUCACUCGUCCUGGACAGGUGCCUUUGAGCACCGUUGGAAGUUUACCGAAUAUGGAUUCCGCUGCCCGGGCUAGCCGCAGUAGCAUGGCUGUCAUGAAUUGCAGUCCUGCUAUCACUCGUUUCCCCUCUGCCACUUCUAAUGGUUCAAACCGACCCAAGACUAUUGCAACAAGUGGAAAUCCAGGGGUUAAAUUGAGUCCUCCUCAGAAUCUUGGCCUUCUUGGUCCGAUUUGUUGGAGGGCUAAUCCGACAACGAAGACUAACGUAGAGAUCAAUAAUACUGAAGGAGUUGGAGGACAUGACCAAUUACCUCGCCAUUCGGACUCUAGCCAGACUUGGAGUUCCGAAAAUGAUAGUUCAGACGUAGAAGGGUCAGAGCGAAACCAAUUCCAGAAGCCACCGAACCAGGAGCAAGAAGAAGGCGAGCAAGAUGAUACUUGCACCUCUUCGGAUCCUGUUGGUCGCUAUCGGUUACUCUCCUUUUCGGCUUGCACCUCUGGGGGUACUCAAGAAAUAGUUCGUCUGAGUCCAUCGUCUGUUGACCUUACGCUGAAAGGUUGGCCUUCCACCUGAAUAGCAGCAUGUUGAUUUGGUUCCCUUUUUUCUCCGUCUUCUAUCUCUUUGUUGGCACACUUCUGUAUUACUCUCCUGCCUUUUACGCCUUUUUUUGUCCCCUUCUCCAGACAGAAUCAAUCAGUUACUGCUGACGUUUUGCGAUUCUACCCGAUGUCGGCUUCUUUAGAGAAAACAGCACUUCCGAAAUAUGCGUAAAAAAAACUAAAUUUUGCAUUUUAAAGUUUGUACUCGGUUCGUUGCAAUUUUGCAGUUGGACGUGAGCGAUGGCUGUUGCGGGUUAUAGGUCACGUUUAUUGUUCCCUUGCGUAUCAUCUUUGUUUCUAUGGUUCUAGUUAUUUUAAUAGUUUCUUUUUCCUUUACAAAAUCGGAUCGGCUAAGGGUAUAGAGCAAUAUCAUCAUGCUCCUCUUCACAUUAUCUCUGAUCCCUCAUUAAUUUUCUCGUGUUACGCAACAAAUCCUCCCAGUUCUUGUUUAAUCUUUUUUUCAUUGUUGAAAUAAACAUGUGACCUGGAUCUCCCUUUAUAUAAGAGACACCAUGCAAAAAUUGGCGUCCGAAGUUCGACAUUUUUCCCACACUUCGUUAUUGAUUAGUUCCAUUGGUACUCUGUCGUCACUGCAUUUUCUUGUUAGAUUUGCACCCUUUUCCAUUCAAUUACAGUUUCUUAUUACAUGAAAUCUCUUUGAACUCCAAUCUUUAAACUUACCUACCUUUUUUUAUUUUUUGGCCAAGAAAUGAAAGAUCAAUUGAGCACUUAUUUAUCUUACAGGGGAAUCGACCUAUUUGUGACCUGGCGUGUGACAAACUGUUAAGAGAUUUCUCUUGAUUACAUUUAACUGACGAGAACCAUGUGCGUGUUUGUCUCAAAUAUCUCAUUUGUUUCUUUUUUGUUUGUUCGAUUGUUAGGUUGUUUGAUUGUUUCUUUUUUUUUUUGUUUUGUAUCGGAUUGGAAACGGUAUGACUGGACAAUAAUAUACUAUAACUGAAUAGUU